AUGUCUGACAAGAAAGUCUCCAAGCCCUGCCAUCACUGCAAGAGCAGAUCAGCAUCAGUCCCAGCAGACACCACCACGAUCCACUAUGAGAAGUUCUGGCUGUACCGUCACUGCUCCUCAUUGGAGCAGAGCCACCGGCAAGCUCAGAAGGCUGGGCAGCUCUUCUCAGGGCUGCUGGCCAUGAACGUGGUGUUUCUGGGCAGCGCCUUCAUCAGCAGCAUGAUCUUCAACAGGGUGGCCAUCACUCUGGCAGAUGUCUGGAUCCUGCUCUCAGUCCUCAAGGUCUUGUGCGUGUUCUGGAUUAUUUACUACCUGAUGGGCACCAGCCGGAAGCCACACGCCGUGCUCUACAGGGACACCCACGCCGGACACAUCUGGGUUAGGGGGGCAGUGAUGCUGUUUGGCAGUUGCAGCAUCCUCCUGAAUGUGUUUGAGAUUGGCUACAGCACAAUCCUUGUCCGCUGCAAAUCCAAUGUGGAAAUUUUGUUCCCUGUCGUUGCAAUCCUUUUUAUUGGCACCCAGAUUUACUUUCUGUGGCAUCACUCUAAGGACUGCAUUCAAGUCCAGCACAACUUCACCAGGUGUGGGCUGAUGGUCGCCGUAGCCACCAACCUUCUGGAAUGGCUCCUGUCCGUGACCAACGACACCCUGCACAUGGAGAUGGAGUCUCAGCUGCGCGAGGUGGAGGAGCGAUUCACAGGCAAUGAGACUGCCUUGUGCAUAUGCCCAAACACGACCAUCUGCAGAGUCUUCCAGAAGGGCUACAUCCUGCUCUACCCCUUCAACACCGAGUACAGCCUGAUCUGCUCCUCCAUGCUCUACGUCAUAUGGAAGAACGUGGGGAGAAGCAUCAGCCACCACCACAGCCUGGAAAGGAGGCCCAGAUUCAAGCUCAAGGGAGUGCUCUUUGGGCCCGUGCUGGGCACCUGUGUUGUAAUCAUCGGGGCUUGUGUUUUCAUGAUGUACCAGAUCCAGGCCACCAGCUUGGACCCCAGCCGCCAGAUCCUUGUGAUCUAUUUUACCUACUACAUUGUGCUCCUGCCCCUGAUGAGUGUGUGUGCCGUGGUUGGGACAAUCAUCCAUGCCUUGGAAAAAAAGGAGCUGGACACGGUGCAAAACCCAACCCGCAGCCUGGACGUGGUCCUGCUGAUGAGCGCGGCCCUUGGCCAAAUCUGCAUGUCCUACUUCUCCAUUGUGGCCCUGGUGGCCAGCAACCGCAGAGACCUGCUGAACAGGCUUGCCCUGGCCUAUUCUGUCCUCAUUAUCCUUCAGAACAUCAGCCAAAAUGUUUUUGUCAUUGAUGGGCUCCACCGGCGGCACGUUGUAGCAGCAGCUGAGGCCAAGCAUGAGGCCAAGCACACCGGACACUGUGAGCAGCACACGGUGGCUGCAGAGCUGCCUGGGGAAGAGGAGGGCACGCAGGACAGCGUACAGGAGCACAGCCAGACACCUCCCGCCAAGGAGGAAAAGGAGGAAGACACUAAAGAAGAGCAGAAUUGUGAAGCCUGCAGCCAGAGACGAAUGAGCGUGCUGGAGCUGGGACAGGAGAUCCGGAAAUUUUCCCUGUCCUACAUCCAAACCUACUCUCGCCUGACCUGGAAGAGAAGAGUAUUGAGGGAGAUCUCGUUCUUCUUAGUUCUGUGCAACAUCAUACUGUGGAUCAUGCCCACAUUUGGGUCUCACCCCCUGUUUGAGAAUGGAAUAGAAAGGUCAUUUUAUGGCUACUCCACCUGGUUUGUGAUCGUGAACUUCGGCCUCCCCUUGGCUGUGUUUUACCGCAUGCACUCCAUCAACGGGCUCCUGGAGGUCUACGUGACAGCCUGAGCCAAGCUGGACCCCCACCCCAGGGGCUGGGGAGAGUCAGUGAUGCUGAACAAAGAUGCAGUAAGCAGUAGAUAUGCACAUGGAAGCUUCUAAGACGUUUUCCCUCCAGUUUCUGCUUGGACUUCUUGUACAACAUCACAGUGACUUUCAGAAG